AACCCAAAAACUUUGAAAGUUGUUUUGCCAACCCUGAUGUCAUUGCUAUUGCAACGGAGUCAGCGAGCUGGCACACACACACGCAACCAGUGAAGCAGGUUCCUGGUGGGCCGUGAUGACCGCACCCCAGCUCGUCUUAAGUAGGCUGGAAGCAUCUGAGCGAGCACACACAAAGCGCAAGGGCGGAAGGCCAAAAUGGCGCAAGCAAACCACACGUCGACCAUCUCGGAAUUUGACUUUGAAAAACAUUUUGACCAGACUGAAGCCCGAAGAUGGAUGGAAGACUACUGGGGCGCAUCGUUUGCAGUCAGUGCCGUGUACGCCGCCCUGGUGUUCGGAGGGCAGCGCUACAUGAGGCCUCACCCGAAAAUGAACCUGCGCAAAGUUUUGUUUGUGUGGUCACUGACGCUCGCCCUCUUUAGUGCGAUGGGAGUGGCGCGAACGGGCCAGUACAUGUUUCAGAUCCUGGCCAACGGCGGCCUGAGACGUUCCGUGUGCGACCAGAGCAUCUACAACGGACCCGUCAGUAAGUUCUGGGCUUUCGCCUUCGCCAUGAGCAAGGUACCUGAGCUGGGCGACACGAUGUUCAUCGUGCUCCGGAAGAAACGCCUGCUGUUCCUGCACUGGUACCACCACAUCACAGUGCUGCUGUACUCGUGGUACUCGUACAAGGAGAUGGUGGCGGGCGGCGGCUGGUUCAUGACCAUGAACUACGGCGUGCACGCGCUCAUGUACACGUACUACGCGGGGCGGGCCGCCGGAGCGCGCGUUCCCCGGGCGCUGGCCGCGGUCAUCACGGCCGCUCAGCUGGCGCAGAUGGCGGCGGGCCUGGCGGUGAACGGCCUGGUGUACCGAUGGAUGCCGUCGGCCGACUGCCCCGCGCGCCCCCCGCACGUCGCCUGGGGGUCGCUCAUGUACCUCAGCUACUUGCUGCUCUUCGCCGACUUCUUCUACCGCGCGUACCUGCGGCCCCGCCCCAAGGCCGAGUAGUCGCCGGCCUUUUCCGACGAUGAGAGACUGAAAGCGGACAGAAAAUGCUGAGGACUUUCAAUCCACUGACCUGUUUCUUCCGGUUUGACGCCAUCGCCGCCACCAGCAGCCAAUCGGAUGCAGCCAAAUAUUCCAUCCGCCUACAGCAGUCACCCUUGAACUUUAAAUAAAAAAUAUUUUUUCCCUGCAGGUUUACAUCGUUGUCAACCGGAUGUGUUCACUCGCCUAUUUGCAAAAGUUGUUUUCUAACCUAUCCUUGGUCAUUAACAACGAACGGUAUUUGCAGUUUUGUGCUCUGAAACACCAAAACACGCCACAAGCACCGAAUCUCUUUUUAAUCGUGUUGGGAGAGACAAUUUUGGAAAAGCGAUUGCUCAUUUACAAGUCUCAGCUGUCAAUGGGCAGGAUGUGGGGUACACCCUGAACUGGUUGCCAGCCAGUCGUAGGGCACAUGGAGACAGACAACAGCCGCACUCACAAUCACACCUAGGGACAAUUUAGAGUCC